CCAGCACGCAGAGCAGGGUUUGACUUGGCUGCGCGUGCACAUCUGUCUCCACCUUUUUCCGCUUUUGUUUUCGCGGGCCAAGAGCGACAACUUUGUGUUUUUUUCUGGCAACAAGAUAUCAAGACGGCUCUUUUUGUUUGAACUUUCAUGCUGCGUUUAUACAUGUGUUUUUUUUUUUUCGACAUGUACUCCGCGGUGAGCGAACAUUUAUCCUGCCAGGUCUGCCUCUCCAUAUUUAAAACCUUUCAAGAGUUAAAGUUACAUAUCAACUCAAACAGGCACCAACAGAAAAUGAAUGAAGUAUUCCAGAAAGAUCCUGACUGUUUUUACAGAGAUGCUAUGAGCUUUAACCUGGUGAUGGGCGGAAUAGACUGUUAUGUCCCCUGUUGGACAUGUUAAAUCCAGUUUAAGAGAAGAAAAGCUCCCCAACAUUGUCAUUAUGGAUCGAGACAUCCGAAAUAACGUUCAUCAACGCUGCAUAGGUUUGCGAUUGCUGACUGUCUGUUUCACUCAGAGUGUGGCGCAUGCAUUUUACCUGUGCCAUAGCUGUAAGGAAAUGUUGUCGGACACAAAGAUAUUAUCCCACCUUACCUCCGUUUGCCAUAAAUUCAACUACUGUAACUGCAUAGAUCCAAAUAGGCUUGGAUUCUCCUGGAUUCCUAACAAAGAUUUAUGGGUAGAUCUACCCAAGCAGAAAAGAAGCCACCAAUCAGGACCAAUACAGAUGUUGGAGUUGCCUGAAAAGCUGUUUGGAUUGUACAAAACGUAUACGUACUCUCAAGUGAUGCACUCUCUCAGUGAAUUUGACAAGCUUCCCAAGCUGCUGGAAGCUGUCAAGCCAAAGAGAGUGACUAUGCAAGAAUACCAGACAAACACCCAGAGGAAGUAUCCACUUCUAGGCAUGCAGCACCUUAUCGAAUGCAUUUGUAAGGGACAGACUGAGAGGACAUACUACCUUUGCACCCUCUGCAAACUGACGCUGGCUGCCCACACCGUCAUCAAACACGUCCUUAGCUUUGACCACAUCUAUAGUUUCUUUAAAGCCUGGCACCCCUCCACUUUGGUGUCUAAGCAGUGUUAUCGGGAGUACUCAGAGGGUUUCAUGUCCAUGAUGUUAAAUUUGGCAAAGCAGGCGGAGAAGCUUCAAGGACCUGGACGGGCCAACAUGAAGCGACUGAGUCUGGAGCCUGAUAUUUUUGUAUCAGUCAAUUUCCACUCCUAUGAAGAUGCUUUGAACAAACUGGAGUCCAUCGCAAAGAAAAAAGAUGGAAGCAGCUUGAAAACGUGCAUCAAACCUGCGGGAAAAUUGGAUAUUUCUGCUGUGCCACACAUAAUACGUUGUCAGAACUGUGACUACUCAUUUGAGUUAGCAGACCUUUAUUUUCAGCACGUGCAAACUGAGAAACACAAAACACUGACGAAGAAACUCAGGAGCCAGGAAGAGAAUACUGAUGCUUGCAACCACAAUGCAAUGGCUACAAGUGCAGAAGAUCAGAAACCCCAUCAAGAUUUAUUCAGUGAACUCCUCCUGGACUCUACUGCAGACACUUCCCAGGUGGUGAUCUGUAACAGCACAGAAGCAAAGGAGGCCACACCCAUUUUUGUCUGUUUUGUUUGCGAAGAUGCUUUUCCCAAGUCACUUCUUCCAAACCACUUGUCCUCACCAAAACACCUUAUACAAACACUAUUGUAUCUGAAUCCCUCGCGACUGCCUUUUGGUUGGCAAGAAGUUCCAGGCCAGAAGUUCUUGAAAUCAAUGGUGGCGAUGGAAGUGAGUGAAAGAGGAUGGUGUCAGAAAAUUAUUCAGGUGCUGGAUUUACCCGCCCCAGUUUUGAGUAGUCUCAGCUCGUCAAGUUGCAAGACCGUGCUGGAAAGACUCAAGCGUGACCAUGCAGCUAUCCUGCAAAAUAAAAUUCCGCCGUGCCAAAUGUUUAGCGAACACAACCCUUUUCCACUGUUGGGGUGCGAGUUUCUGGAGAUGCACGACUCCUACGAGCAGUCCCGUCAAGUCACGUCUGCUUCGUGUCUGCUGUGCCGGAAGCGGCUGUCGGACGCUGAAUGCUUCGCUCAUAUUUUCAGCUCGGAACACGUCAAGAUGUUUCUCGUGAAAUUUCACCCUGGUUUGCUGAACUCUUCUUGCGAUAGGACGAUACUGCUGGACCUGGCAAGGCAGGCGGCACACCUUCACGGUGUAUCACAUAUACAGAAAGUAAAAUUUGAGAGGCCCAUCCAAGAACCUUGCGAUAUCUACAAAGCCGCAAAAAGGAAGGAAGACAAAGGCGAGCUUCUUCCUGUAGUCACGAGAGAAACAAUGGUCCCUAAAGAUACCCCGAUAUCAAAGAACUGGAAGAUUGCAACGCCUGCUCAAAAGCCUCCAGACAAUAGUCAAAACAAACAUUUGCAAAAGUCUGUGGGGAGCAAGUCUGGCACAGCUGAUAAAGGCUGCAUUGUAAAAGCAGCAGAGGUUUCUGUGAAGACAGGGGAGCAAACAAGUAAGGAGAAGCCCAAAAGCUCCCACAUCCCUGCUAAAGUGGAGCCAAAACAAGAACAGAGCGAAGAUGUUCGAAUGUGUGCAAGCCAAGGCGGUAACCAGAAAAGGCUGCGUAAGAUGCAAGAGACAAUAGUUGACAACGCCCAUAAGAAACGUCGUCUCAACUCCGAGAACGCAUCAUGUGAAGAAACGCUGAAGAUGGGGACCACAUCUGUCAAGAAGGAAGCAGUGCCAACUGUGAUCAGUGAAGCCAAGCAGGAUAUUAAGCAGGAAAAUACCAUGAAGUCUGAGCCACAAAAUGCCCAUGUGACUUUCUUUGUUCAACCUGAGCCCAGCAUUACAUUUAAAACCACAUCAGGCACCAAAUUGACCAAGAUGACUACGUCCAAAUUACCGACACCUGCAGCAGGUACAUCUGGAUUCAGUGCCAGCCAGUCAACCAAGUUGACAGACACCACCACAUUGACAGCAAAUGUCCAAAGGAGAUGUUCAGAGAACACAUCGUGCACCAGGGUCAAUCUUGGAGCAUCCUCUGGUGAGAAUCUACAUUUGAAGAGCACUGGGGGGUCUAAUGUUGAAGCACAACCAUCUCUUCAGAGGUGUAACCCCCAUGCAGGACCUGCAAGCACAGCCAAGCAAUUGUUUAGCAAUGUGAAGCCAACUGGAACUGGUCCUAAAAUUGGCUUAAACUACAUAAUUGUAGUUACCAGUGAUGGAAGGAAGCAAUCCUAUUGCACUCUGUGCCGCAUUCGAUUGGAACGGUCCAGUCACCCAAUGGAAAACAUUCACCAGUACAACUAUGUGAAACUGAGGUUUCCAGAGUUGAAUGACGAGCAGCUGGCAGGCAUCAACCUGGAGAAGUUUGGGGUCUGCAUGGCUGAGGUGGAGAAACUUUUGGGACAACGGUACAUUCAGACAAGAAAAGUGACAAAUGGCCAAUACAAAGAGCUGUCUGAUCUUCCGGAGGCCGAAGCUUUAUACAGAUUAGAGAAUCACUUCUGCGUGUCUUCAUCUUCCAGCAAUGCCACUUCACUUCCUUUAAGACGACCGUUUUCAGCCACCUCCUCACAGGACGUUUCGAGUCCCGAAUAUGACAGUCAACAAGACAGGCUUGAGGACAUAAUAGAGGCCAACAUUGAAGACGACAAAGCCCUACAUCCUAAACAUGCAUUAGACAUGGAAGCUGUACAUGCCAGUGAUGCUGUUCCAUUCACUGACCUGGACCCCACUCGUGCAACCAAAUCAAUGAUGGAAAUGGAUACAUCUGGGUGCAGACAACAGCAGGAGAUUGCGGCACGAGAUUUGACCACAGAAAAGAAGAAUUUAAAAGGUCAGGAUGGGAACUCCUCAUCAGUGUUUCUGCAAUUGGAUCCUCUUCCUGCUUCAGUGACCACAGAACAGCACAAUGUUGAAGGCUCGCACAGGUGCUCACAAUCAGUGUUGCUGGAGUUGGACACACCUCCUGCUUCUGUGACCACAGAACGGCGGAAUCUAGAAGUCUCGAAGGGACACUCACCAUCUGUGUUGCUGGACCUUAACCCUCCUCCUGUUUCGGUGACCACAGAACAGCGGAAUUUAGAAGACUGGACUGGGCACUCACCAUCUGUGUUGCUGGACUUUAACCCUCCUCCUGUUUCAGUGACCACAGAACAGCGGAAUCUAGAAUGCUCGAAUGGGCACUCACCAUCUGUGUUGCUUGAACUAAACCCGCCUCCUGCUUCAGUGACUACAGAACAGCAGUUUCUAGAAGGCUCUAAUAGCCGUUCACCAUCAGCGUUGCUGGAACUGAACUUGCCUCAUGCUUCAGUGACCACAAAAGUGUGCAAUCCAGUUGGAAGCUGUCAGAAUGCUGAUAGACAGACUAGUUUGCAGAAAGAAUCAAAAGUCCCUGAAAGUAACCUGGGAUGCUCUUAUCCUCAAGUGCCCGUGUUUUCAGGCAAAGCAAGUAACUUGAGUACAUUUUUGUGGGUGAAGGGAUCGUACAACCAGCCAAUCGUAGGUCUGGCGUCUGUGUACGAGUGUCGUGGAAUGGCUGGAGAUUCGCUGUACUUGUGCGAGAGUUGCAGUCAGAAACUCUCAGUCAGUGACAUCUGCCAGCAUGUAUUUGGCAGGGAGCACCAGCUGAAAUACUUGCUAAAGAAUUAUCCUCAGUUUAUGGACACAUUUUGGGAUGAAAAGGAUCUGCCAGAGGACAAAAAAAUGGGUCUCCUAAAGGACGUAGCGCACGGGGUCUCUCAACAGGAGCAUUUUAAGAAGAUGGAUGCAAAGGUGUGCUUUCUCAUUCGAGACCUCUAUGACUACGUUUUAACAGCUCCAUUCAGUGAAGCUCUUGACGCCCUUCAGAACGGAAAGAAGCAGAGUUUGGUAUGUAAGUCCAUCGUCACAUUGCAACUAAAGGGGAGCCAAAAAUCAAAAGAACAGAUUGGACAUUUGAAUGAGAGAGGACUUUCCUCUGAGCCUCUGCACUCUGCAGCUAGCAUGUCCCUCCAACAUCAAGAGAACCACAGAAGCUCCCUUUCAAGUCCUAUCCCCAAAACACCUGAUUGUCAAGUAAAAGAUGAACUGAUUCCUUCAGAGUCCAGAUCACCGGGACCCUCUGGUGUUAUUUCUAAGUCACCUCCAAUUUUUAAAGUGAAGGAUAAACUGAUGCUCUCAUCUGGAUCUUGUGUAUCUCCUGAUGUUAUCUCCAAGUCAUCACCUCGUUUUCAAGUGAAAGAUGAACUGACAUCUGAGUCCAGAUGUCCUGUAACUCCAGGCGUCAACUCCAAGACGCCACCUAGUUUGCAAGUGAAAGAUGAACUGAUAUCCUCAGAAUCCAAAUGUCAUGUAACUUGUGGUGCUAUCGCCAAAACACCACCUAGUUUUCAAGUGAAAGAUGAACUGAUACAUUCUAAGUCCAGAUGUCCUGUAACUCCUGGUGUUAUCCUCAAGUCACCACCUAGUUUUCAAGUGAAAGAUGAACCGACACCUGAAUCCAGAUGUCCUGUAACUCCAGGUGUUAUCUCCAAGACGCCACCUAGUUUGCAAGUGAAAGUUGAACUGAUGCCCUCAGAGUCCAGAUGUCAUGUAACUUGUGGUGCUAUCUCCAAGGCACCACCUAGUUUUCAAGUGCAAAGUGAACUGAUACCCCCAGUACCCAGAUGUCCAAUUACUCCUGGUGCAAUCUCCAAGACACUGCCUGUAUCUGCUGAUUCUCUUGCAAAAACACCACCUAUUUCUCAUGUGAAAGAUAAACCCAGUGUGUCGCAGUCUAGAUCUCUUUCAAUGUCUGCACCUAUCUCAAGAAUGCCGUCUGGUACUCAAAAAGCUAAAGAUGAAUCUAUAUUCUCUGAGUCCAGAUCACCUGUAUGUGGUGCUCCCAUCUCUAAGACACUGCCUCAAUGGAAAAAUGAACAGAUGUUCGCAGAACCAAUAGUUAAUGGAGAUCUGGACAAGCGUUUCAAAACGCUACCUAAUGCUCAAGUGAAAGAUAAAACUAUGGUAUCAGAUUGCAGAUUGCCUGCAACUACUGAUCCUGUGCCCAAGAUUCUGCCAAUUUCUCAAGUUAAAAAUGAGUCUGUACUCAUGGCCUGUGGAUCUCCUGUAACUGCGGUUCCCAUCUCAAAGGCAUCUCCAAAAGUCCUACAGAAAUCGGAAUCGACACUCUCAGAAUUCAGAUCUAUUCCCAAUGUUGAGGAACUGUCAAGCUCAAAUUCCCCCAUAACUGUCAGUUCAGCAAUUCGUCAAGAUGAAUACCAUCUUACCAGAAAGAGAAAAGCUAAUCAAUCUCUCUGUGAAUUCAUUGAAACGUAUAUCAAUAAAACCCAAGUUGAUGAUCCUCAGCCAGCCAAAUACACACGCAACAGCAUUGUUCACUCUAGGUGGGAUGUUACUCCUGCUAUUAGAGAGGCCUCUGUGGAAAAUAUCCUAAAAUCGGACACAAAAUUGGACUCUAAGGAACAAAUUGCUGGCAUCACUGACAAUUCUGUUACAAAACCUUCUGACACUACAUCAAAUAUGUGGUGCUCAAAGUCUGUGCAGACUACUGCCUCAAGUCUUAAAUCUGAAAGUAGGAGUUUAACAAGUUGUAAGAUUAAAACUAAUCCGUCCACAACAUCUGAGCCGUAUAAACAGGACAGCGGACAUAUUGAGCCAGACAAUCUAUCACAGGAGCAUAAGUUGGUACGAGAAAAACAUUUGGCUUUACUGGGAGGUUUUGAGUACAAUACCCUGUUGGGUGACGCUUGUGUGAGGACCGAACCAAAGUUUGCUCCUAUACCUCGGUCUCAAAGCAGUACGGAUCGCACAGAGGGCUCCCUGCAUCAAAGUACAGUUUUGGCAAAUGCUGUGGACAUGGAGUCAAACCAUGAGCUCCUUGGUACUACAGCGGGUCCUACUGAGACUCUGCUGUCAGAUUUGGCCGGUUGCAAAUCAAAUCCUUACACUGUGCCUAUUAACGAUAACACUUCAUGUGAAAGACUAAAUCCUAAUGAAGCAUCAAAAGAACUGCCUGUCCAGGCCAACCACUUUACCAUACCCCUGGCAAUGGGGUGGUUGAACCCACAAAUGCAGCAGUGGGUGGAGCAGCAGAAGCAACAGCAGUGGGUGGAGCAGCAGAAGCAACAGCAGUGGGUGGAGCAGCAGCAACAACAGCAGUGGGUGCAGCAGCAACUACAACAACAACAACAACAGCAGCAGCAGUGGGUGCAGCAGCAACUACAACAACAACAACAACAGCAGUGGGUGCAGCAGCAGCAACAACAGCAGUGGGUGCAUCAACUACAACAACAGCAGCAACUACAACAACAACAACAACAACAGCAGUGGGUGCAGCAGCAACUACAACAACAGCAGUUAGAGCGGCAGUAGCACUCGACCUGAGCAAGGCUGAUGCAGACUGUCGCGAAAGUCGCCACUGGCGCCUCCUAUUUCCAGACUUUCCGUGAUGUUGAGUUAAAUGAAGGCGCACGGGAACAUGGCAGUGUAACGUGUUGACACUGGCACAGUUCCCUCAAAGACUCCAAAAUGUUUUCUUCUGCCAAGACUGCUUAUAAAAACGUAUGUUUACAUUUUACACUGACUUUCGUUAUGUUCUGUUAUAGUGUGGACACUGUACAAGUCUGGAGGAACAGACAUAACUGUUUUAAGGGACUUUAUUUUUAAUGUACAGCUAGUUUCAGUAAGUCUGUUUCUGCUCUUGGUGGAUUUUUGCACAAUAAAGUGUAAAAACCAAACAAUUCCGCCACCGUUUGACAUUUGUACUUUAAUAUUUUACCACAUCCCUGGGAAUAUAUUAUUUAUGGUGGCUGACUACUUUAUUUUAUACAUGGAAAUGAGAUUUAAUAAAUGUGACACUUUCUAAA